AGCUACAGAGAGGAGGCAGGUGGGCCGGGGUGGAGGCCGCCGGAACCCGCCCGCCCUCACAGAGCUGGGGGCCCGCAGUCUGCCGCUGGAGCAGGAUGAACGCCAAGGCAGGAGCCCCAGGGGUUGCGGGAGCGCUGGCUGUGCUGUGGCUCGGUGCCAUGACCCUGGUCUACCUCCUGUGGCAAGGGCACCUCCCCACCUGGGGCCAGCUGCACCCCGAGGAAGGGCCCACCAGGCCGGGCCACGGCUCCAGCCCGGCCCAGGAGCCCCUGGCAGGGGGGGGCGGCAGCAGCAAGCAGGACUCCUGCCGGCUUGUCCUUGUGGAAAGCAUCCCGCAGGACCUGCCCUCCGCGGCCGGCAGCCCGUCUGCCCAGCCCCUCGCCCAGGCCUGGUCGCAGCUGCUGGACGCCGCCCGGGAGAGCAGCAUCCACGUGGCCUCCUUCUACUGGUCCCUCACGGGGCCUGACAUCGGGGUCAACGACUCGUCUUCCCGGCCGGGAGAGGCCCUCCUGAGCAAGCUGCAGCAACGGCUGGCCAGGAACGUCUCCCUGGCCGUGGCCACCAGCAGCCCGUCGCUGGCCAGGAAGUCCACUGACCUGCGGGUGCUGGCAGCCCAAGGUGCCCAGGUGCGGUACGUGCCCCUGCGGAAGCUCACCGGCGGCUUGCAUUCCAAGUUCUGGGUCGUGGACGCACGGCACGUCUACUUGGGCAGUGCCAACAUGGACUGGCGCUCCCUGACACAGGUGAAGGAGCUCGGCGUCAUCAUCUACAACUGCAGCCGCCUGGCCAUGGACCUGGAGAAGACCUUCCAGACCUACUGGGUGCUGGGGGCGCCGAAUGCCGUCCUCCCCAGAGCCUGGCCUCGGAACCUCUCGUCCCACAUCAACCGCUUCCAGCCCCUCCGGGACCGCUUUGAGGGGUUGCCCACCACUAUGCCUACUUUCUCGGCAUCGCCUCCUCCGCUCUGCCCGCACGGCCGCACCGGGGACCUGGAGGCGCUGCUGGCGGUGAUGGGGGGCGCCCAGGAGUUCAUCUACGCCUCGGUGAUGGAGUACUUCCCCACCACGCGCUUCAGCCGCCCCGCCAGGUACUGGCCGGUGCUGGACACCGCGCUGCGGACAGCGGCCUUCAACAGGGGCGUGCGCGUGCGUCUGCUGGUCAGCUGCUGGCUUGCACACAGACCCAGGAUGUUCCCCGGCCUGCGGUCCCUGCAGGCUCUCAGGACCCCGUGGCGGGCCGGCGUCUCCGUGGACGUGAAAGUCUUCAUCGUGCCUGUGAGGAACCACUCCAAUCCGUUCAGCAGGGGUGACCACAGCAAGUUCAUGGUCACAGAGAAGGCGGCCUACAUAGGCACCUCCAACUUGUCAGAAGAUUACUUCAGCAGCACCUCAGGGGCAGGCCUGGUGGUCAGCCAGAGGGCCUCCCGCGCCGGGCCGGGGGUGCCCACCGUGCAGGAGCAGUUACGGCACCUGUUCGAACGGGACUGGGAUUCCCCCUACGCCGUGGGCCUGGACGGACAAGCCCAGGUCAGGAACUGCGCUUGGCAGGGUUGAGGGCCAGCCAUACCUGGUUCCCCGGCCCCGUGGCUCCCGGUGGCCUGUCCCCACCCUCACAAGCCCCGCUCAGGGCCAGGACUUCCCAACUCCUGGCAGGUGCAAACUGUUCGCCAGCCCUCAGCUCUCUGAACCAUCCCCUCUUAACCCUCACCUCCUGCAGAGGGCCCUCCGGGAUGCUCCCCCCUGAUCUGAGAGCCACAGUCCCCACCCACAAGGGGGUUGCUUCAGAGGCCCCCUGCACCUCCCUGCCUCUCUGUGUGAGUCCCACAUGGGCUGCACCCCCUCCCACUGGCCCCAGGUCGGAGUUCAGCACCCCCCACCCUGUGAGGGUCCACACGGCUGCCGGGUGAAGCUGCUGUCUGCCCGUGUGCCAUGGGAGCCGCUGGACUCUCGCUGCUGUCCGUCCCUGCCCACAGGAACCAGGGGACGGGGCAGAGGCAGGUGCCGGGACUGCGAGGGCGGGUCUCGGAGAGGCGAGGUGGGCGCCUGGGCCCGUGGGGUUGGUCCUGGUGCGUAGGGGGUCCAGGACUCCGGGCAGCGUCCAGAGAACCUGGUUUUGAGCAGGGGGCGGGGGCAGGGUGGGGGACCUGGAUACACGCGGGCUGGAGCCCCCUGUCCUGGGAGCUGCCCUGCAGAGGCGGAGGCCGACACUGCAGAGGCAGGGUCUGAAUCCCGUCGGACACCUCCCUCGGCUCCCAGCCUCCUGCCGGGCCAGAGGCCUGUCUCCGGGCACCCUGGCCUCCGUCACCUCCUGGCUUCUGGCCAAGGCUUUGGAGCCCACCCGGCCCGUGGAGACCCUGUGGCUGCCCUAGGCUGGCGCUUGGGGCUGGCUCAGUGGUCCAAGGGACACUGCACGCCGAGGGACCUAAGGGAGUGCAUAGCAGAUCCUCCUCUCCCCACAUCUUGGGGCUCCUCCUCCCUGCCUCGCCCGGUCCCCUCUGCCCCGGAGAGAGCCAGACGGGCUUGGGGUGGGGCACCUUACGCAUCCGCGUCCUCGUCGGUGAAGAGGGUCCCCCAACCCAGCCCGCCUCCCCGCCCACCCUGCACGGGUCCGGAGGGGUGCCUGGGGGCCACGUGGCCCUGCAAGGCGUCCAGGGCCUCUGGGAGCUGGUCUGCGUGUGGGCCGCACUUGACCCAGCCAAGCCCCAGCGGCUGCCCAGCCUCCCACCCCGGGCUCACGUGCCGCACGGCAGCUCCCCUCGGGAGCAGACACCAUCCGAGACCCGCUCUGCUCUCCACGGCUGCCGGUGUGGGUUUGCCCUCUGCUUCCUGUGUGUCUCAGAGCGCGUGGCCUGUCCCCAGGCUCUGUGCCCCAGGCCACGCUGGGAUGACGGUCCAGUGGCCCGGUGGCCAUAGCCAGCGGAAGUGGUGGCCACACCUCAGUGGCAGGCUUGAAGGCCUGCUCCAAAGCAGACCCCACGGGAGACCCGCUUGAAGAGCCUCAAGAGACGCCCCGGGGGGCCUUGACGUGGCUGCUUCUGGGGGGGAGGGUGGACACACUCUAAAAUGGCCCCCAUGCCCCCACCUCCUGGAACCCCACUCCCGUGUGAUCCCCUCCGCUUGGGGGUGCGGAACCCCUGCCUUCGCCUGUAGCCAAUAGAAUGUGCGGCGGUGACCGUGCGACGCAAGCUUG